AUGCACAACGGGUUGAUCGUUGCGCACUCGGCAGAAGGUGUCAUGGUAGGCAUUGGUGUCAUUGUGGGUGAUGCUGUCAUCGUAGGUGAUGCUGUCAUCGUGGGAGAUGCUGCCAUCGUGGGAGAUGCUGUCAUCGUGGGAGAUGCUGCUAUCGUGGGAGAUGAUGUCAUCGUAGGAGAUGCCGUCAUCGUGGGAGAUGCUGUCAUAGUAGGUGAUGCUGUCAUCGUGGGAGAUGCUGUCAUCGUAGGUGAUGCUGUCAUCGUGGGUGAUGCCGUCAUCGCGGGUGAUGCCGUCAUUGUGGGAGAUGCUGUCAUCGUAGGAGAUGCUGUCAUCGUGGAUGAUGCCGUCAUUGUGGGUGAUGCUGUCAUCGUGGGUGAUGCUGUCAUC